AUGUCUUUAUUAACGCCGCCAAAACUUGUCGCCUCAACUGGAGGAACCUACAACUGCCGGACUGGAGGGAGGCAAGGCGCAGUAGGAGGCGGGAGGGAGAGUAAUCUGUUCAAGAGCGCGCAAUGGUAUAGCACGGAUAAUGAGCUGCGGACAUGGAUAGUUCCUGCGGACCUCCUUGAGCCAUCAGCAUCCCCUAAACACCUCGAGCCAUUCUCUUCACUUCGCACCGCAGAGCCUGUAUAUGCGGCGGCUAUAUAUCCAUAUAUGCAGCUAUCCACACCGUCUACGUGCUGUUUCAUCGCAUCUUCACGCGAUCACCCAAUACAACUCUAUGAUAUGCUUACACCUACCACCCGUGCAAGCUAUCCCCUGAUCGAUCCAAUGACGGAGAAAUAUCACACCCCAGCAUCACUUCUUUUUGCUCCGUCGAACCCGAAUCGGUUCAUUGCAGGGACCACAUCGCAGAUAUCGUUCUUUGAUAUCCAUCGCAAUGGAGAGGGGCCAGUGGUUGCAUUGAAGACAAUACCUACCAGAAGGAGUGUUCAGACUGCACACACAAUGAAGGGUAUCAUAUCUGCCCUGGCAGUAUGUCCCGGAAGCUCUGAUGGGACCGGUGUCUUAGCGGCUGGAACAUUCGGAAGACAGGUAGGUUUAUAUUCAGCAGAGGGAACGGGAGAGACAAUUGGUGUAUUUGGAUUGGGCGAGAGUGAUGGUGCAGGAGUCACACAGUUGGUAUGGAGCCAGUGUGAAAGGUAUCUUUAUAUUGCAGAGAGGAAAAGCGAGGUAAUUUCCGUGUAUGAUAUUAGGGUUGCUGGAGAAAAGGUCGAGAGUUUUAGAGGUAGGCGAGCAGGAACCAAUCAGAGGGUGGGAAUUGAUGUGGCGUAUGCCUUGCGUGGUGAAGUGGUAGGCGGGGGAAUCGAUGGAAAAGUAAGAAUCUGGGAGGCAGGGCAUAGUAGAGAGGAUUCACAGAUCGGUAAUGCGAACUGCGAAUGGCAGGCACAUAAUGAUGUGGUGAGUAGCACAGUAGUGCAUCCUGGAGGAGCAGUUUUGGCAACCUGCUCGGGCUCGAGAAAGCCAGAGGCCCUCGAAGAGGAUGAGGGAGAGAGGAAAGAGGGGAAUAGUUGGGACAAUAGUCUAAAGAUUUGGGCACUAUCGCCCCUGAGUCAUGAUCAAGAGGAUAUAGGCGAUAAGGAGCAUAACACUGCCGACACAUACGAUAAGGAAAAGGAUGAAACAAUCGGAGUGGCUAUUGGUCAAAAAGGUACUGAAGACAUAGUAGGCGCAUGUAUAUAG